UUAGAGGCGCUGCAACGGCACAGCACCGCCCGGCCGCCCUCCGCGAUCGCCAAUGGACGACAGCGACCUCGACUCCGCAGCGCUCUGGGCCGCCGUCGACUCCGCCGCCGCCAAGGCCACCUCCCGCGUCCGCUGCGCAGCCAGCGACGACGACCACCGGGGCGAGGUGCUGCAGCCGGCCCGCCCGUUCAAGUCCCCGCGGCUCGCCUCCGCCUCCGCCUCCCACGUCACGCCACCGCACCCCGCGCCGCUGCCUCUGCCCCCGCCCCCGCCCCCGCCCCGGCUUCAUGCGUCUCCCUACGCCACGCCCGACGCAGCGGCGGCCAGGAACCGGCUCCAGGGCGUUGAGAGCCCCCCGCCGCCUGAGCUCUGGAGGCUUCCUAUGGGGAGCCCCAUCGCCGCCGCCUAUGACGGGGGCUUGCUCCCCUCCCUCUCCGUGGCCAACUUCAGAAAGUACCAGGACGUAGCCCUCUCGAUUUUGGACAAAAGUGACUACACCUCUAUCAGUGGGAACCCAUACAUAAAGAAGUCAGGGUGGAGAAAGAUAUCUUGCUUCUUCAAUAUCUCAUUCGAAAUCAAGGAUCACACCAUUGAGUUUGAUGAAAACCGCAAUGUCAACCGUGCUGAAUUUCUUGUUCGAGCGUCAAUGACAGGUGGCAGAUUCUCAGAUGGUUGGGGCUCCUGUGAUCGACGAGAGAAAAAAUUCAACAAACCUAACCAUGACAUUCCCAGCACAGCUGAAACCAGAGCUAAGAACAAGGCUUGCCAGGAUCUUCUUGGAAUUGGGCGUCCAGGAUGAAAAGUGGAGGUCGAUGGACCCCAAAGUGGAGUCCACGAGGUGCUUACCUUUAGAUCGGCUUCUCAUCGCCAGAGCCCGAAGUGGAGUCCACAAUUCUAGUUGUAGUCAAGGUAGUCUGAGCAGCUGUUAGCUCAGUGAAAGAGUUUACUGGUACUGGAGGUUUCUUAAGAUUUGAAGUAAAUGAAAAGGGCGUAAUAAUGUGUUCUGAGCUCUGAAGGUUUAGCAUUUAGGCUAUUUUAGCUAAUGCUAAUUCGGUGAAAGAGUGUGACAUCCUUCUGUCAGAUGUGAAGUUAAUAGAAGGGCACAAUCGUCUGCUCCUCUUUGUUAGUGAUGUACAUCAGGUGUGUUUAGGAUGUGGUUCAUAGUACCAGAUUUAUGUGUUGCCAACUUGUACUCUUUUUGUUUGUGUUAAGACUAUCAAAUCAGUAAAGGGGGGAAAAAAUGUGUUGCUCUGA